AUGAGAAUUGCCUUCUUUUCCGUCUUCGUGUUCGUAGCCAACGGUCUGGGCUGCCAGGCGUCGAAAUGCCCAGACUCACCAGGCACCACAGACCUCACGGUUCGCACGUCUACUGGUACCUUCACUGGCCUGAUCGACCCUGAAUUCCCCAACACGCAAGCUCUCCUCGUCACCAGACGAACACCGCUAUGCGACCAAGUACCCGCCGUCGUGCCCACAGUUUGUGACAGCACUCGAGUCCAUGUGGAACCUGCCACUGACCAAGGGAACUUGGUCUACAACGGUGCUCAGAACGACACAUCCGGGCUGGUGGGCGAGGCCACAUCCGAGGACUGCUUGCACCUGGCCGUGUGGACGCCGACGGGCGAGGUCCCGGAAGGAGGGUUUCCUGUGCUCUUCUUCAUGACCGGUGGUGGCUUUUAUAUCGGCGGCGUCAACCUCCCUUGGCAAAUACCAACGUCGUGGGUCGAGCGGUCGCGAUCUCACAUUGUCGUCAGCGUCAACUACCGCAUAAACAUAUUCGGCUUCCCUGGAGCCCGUGGUCUGGCCGGUGGCGAACAGAACCUGGGCAUUCUCGACCAGCGUGCAGCGCUGGAAUGGGUCCACGACAACAUCGCGGCUUUCGGCGGCGACCCCGAACGCAUCAUGCAGUGGGGCCGCUCGGCUGGAGCCAUAUCCGCCGACAUUCAUGCCUACGCCUAUCACGAGGACCCCAUUGCCCAAUCCUACUACAUGGAGUCGGGCACGGCCUUCAGCUUCGCGGGCGCGGAGCCUUCGUAUUCUAACUUUAGCUUUGUAGCGCAAAACGUCGGGUGCGAGGCGCCCUGCGGCGUUGACUGCGACGACGAGGACGGUAAAGCAGAGCUGGACUGCAUGCGCCAGGUGUCGAUGGUGCAGAUCUCCAACUUUAUCGGACAGUACGGCGACCGUAUGGAGAGGCCCACGCUGGGAUUUGGCCCGAUAGUCGAUGAUCGUGUCAUCUUUUCCAACUACACGGCCAGGUCCGAGCAGGGCAAGGAUCGCGCGCCGGGCCCGCCUUGA